AUGGCAAAGUGCUUUAAACAAGCAACUACAGAAGAGGAUUCAAUAAUCCUUUUUUCGACCUCCGACUCGAACGAGGAAUUGUCGGGUUGUUCCUCCUCGUCAUCCUCCUCCUCCUCGCGCCACCAUUCUCCACCUCCAUCUGCCACCCCCGGCCCCAGUUACAACCUUAGUGUGAAAAACCUCUCAUAUACCCUCCACCAAAAUAAUGGGAUAGGCCCAUUUAAUAAACCCAAGCCCAAAAUUGAUAUCCUUAAAUCAGUCUCUUUUACAGCCCAAAGUUCCCAAAUUUUAGCUAUUGUAGGCCCAAGUGGGACCGGAAAAUCAACCCUCCUUAGACUCAUUUCAGGGAGAGUAAAAGAAAAGGAUUAUAACCCAAAUACAAUCUCACUCAAUAACCACCCAAUAACAAGCCCAAAUCAAUUGAGACACUUAUUUGGGUAUGUAGCCCAAGAUGAUUAUUUACUUCCUUUACUUACCGUUAAAGAAACUUUAAUGUAUCGCGCCAAAUUUUGCCUAAGGAAGUUAAGUUUAGAGGAACAAAAAAACAGGGUUGAAAACUUGUUACAAGAACUUGGGCUUGUUCAAGUAGAAAAUACCUUUGUGGGUGAUGAAGAACAUAGAGGAAUUUCAGGUGGAGAACGAAAAAGAGUUUCGAUUGGUGUCGAAUUGAUCCAUAACCCACAAAUUUUGCUCUUAGAUGAGCCUACUUCUGGUUUAGAUAGUUCCUCUGCCCUACAAGUUAUAGAAAUACUUUCAUCUAUGAUCAUGAAAUCUAAUGAUAAGAUCAUAAUUUUUUCAAUUCAUCAACCAAGUUAUAGAAUGUUUAGGCACAUUAACAACUUUUUAAUCCUUUCUAAUGGUUUAGUUGUUCAUAAUGGAAGCCUUAAAUCACUAGAGGAAAGGAUAUCUCAAUUGGGUUAUCAAAUUCCCUUGAAUUUGAAUGUUCUAGAGUUUUCUAUGGAGAUUAUUUCCAAGCUACAAGAUCAAAAAUCAUCAAUUUUAGAACUCCAAUCCAAUACUCCAAUCAAAUCACCAUCAUCAGCGUCAUCAUACUCGGAUAAGAAUUUCAACUUCUACCCAUCAACAAGUGAAGGCAUAAAAGAGGAUUUUUACAAUUGGGUAGUUGAAAUAAUGAUCCUUUGUUCAAGAUUUUGGAAAACAAUUUAUAGAACAAAACAAUUAUUUCUAGCAAGAACAAUGCAAGCUCUUGUAGGAGGCUUAGGUUUAGGAAGUGUGUAUGUCAAGUUAGGGCAAGACGAGUUGGGUGUAGGAGAAAGAUUAGGCCUAUUUGCCUUUAGUUUAAGCUUUCUUUUAUCUUCAACUGUUGAAGCAUUGCCAAUUUACCUCCAAGAAAGAAAGGUUAUAAUGAAAGAAUCAUCAAGAAAAGCUUACAAAAUAUCAUCUUAUAUGAUAGCAAACACCCUAGUUUUCCUCCCUUUCUUACUAAUAAUAGCCUUACUUUUCUCUAUUCCUAUAUAUUGGAUUGUUGGCUUAAACCCAUCAAUCCAAGCCUUCUCCAUUUUCGUCUUUAUUGUUUGGCUAAUAAUUUCAAUGGCUAGCUCAUUAGUCAUGUUCUUGAGCUCGAUUUCAUCCGAUUUCAUAGCCGGAAACUCACUAAUUUGCACCGUUCUUGGAGCAUUCUUCUUGUUUUCCGGCUACUUUAUACCAAAAGAGAGUAUACCAAAGUAUUGGAUUUUUAUGUACUAUUUGUCUUUGUAUAGGUACCCUUUGGAUUCAUUGCUUGUUAAUGAGUAUUGGGGUAUGAGAAAUGAUUGUUUUUCUUGGUUGAAUAAUGAUCAUACUAGUACUUGUUUGAUGAAUGGGAAUGAUGUAUUGAAAAAUAGAGGGCUUCAUAAGGAUAUUAGGUGGGAAAAUGUUGGGAUUAUGAUAGGGUUUUUCUUCUUCUAUAGAGUUAUUUGUUGGGUUGUUUUGGCCCGUAGAGUUGCAACUACAACUUUAUGA